CGUCACGGCGCUGGGGUCAGUUGAACAGCCGCCUCCACAGCCGCCGCAGCCCCUGAGACUCUGCCGGACCGCUGUCGCUGUUGCCGCCGCCAUGGCUCAGUACAAGGGUGCCGCGAGCGAGGCGGGACGCGCCAUGCACCUGAUGAAGAAGCGGGAGAAGCAGCGCGAGCAGAUGGAGCAGAUGAAGCAGAGGAUCGCGGAGGAGAACAUAAUGAAAUCCAACAUUGACAAGAAGUUCUCUGCGCACUACGAUGCCGUGGAGGCGGAGCUCAAGUCCAGCACCGUGGGUCUUGUGACCCUGAACGACAUGAAGGCCAAGCAGGAGGCCCUGGUGAAGGAGCGGGAGAAGCAGCUAGCCAAGAAGGAGCAGUCGAAGGAGCUGCAGCUGAAGCUGGAGAAGCUGCGAGAGAAGGAGCGCAAGAAAGAGGCCAAGCGGAAGAUCUCCAGCCUGUCCUUCACGCUGGAGGAGGAAGACGAGGCGGGCGAGGAGGAGGAGGAGGAGGCGGCCGUGGACGAGGAGGAGCUGGAGAGGGGAGAGAUCACCACAAAGAAGAGGAAACUGGGGAAGAACCCAGAUGUGGACACGAGCUUCUUGCCUGACCGAGACCGGGAGGAGGAGGAGAAUCGGCUCCGGGAGGAGCUACGGCAGGAGUGGGAAGCCAAGCAGGAGAAGAUCAAGAGCGAGGAGAUCGAGAUCACCUUCAGUUACUGGGAUGGCUCAGGGCACCGGCGCACAGUCAAGAUGAAAAAGGGCAACACGAUGCAGCAGUUCCUGCAGAAGGCCCUCGAGAUCCUGCGCAAAGACUUCAGCGAGCUCAGGUCGGCAGGGGUGGAGCAGCUCAUGUACAUCAAGGAGGACCUAAUCAUCCCUCACCACCACAGCUUCUACGACUUCAUCGUCACCAAGGCGCGAGGGAAGAGCGGGCCCCUCUUCAAUUUCGACGUUCACGAUGAUGUGCGGCUGCUCAGCGACGCCACCGUGGAGAAGGACGAGUCGCACGCGGGCAAGGUGGUGCUGCGGAGCUGGUACGAGAAGAACAAGCACAUCUUCCCCGCCAGCCGCUGGGAGCCCUACGACCCUGAGAAGAAGUGGGACAAGUACACGAUCCGGUGACGUGGCAGCAGCGCGGCCCCAGCUCCUCCGGCUCCCUGCGGCCCCAGGAUUCCGGGCGCCCGCUCCCCGCUGCCGAGACGUGACGGGGCCUGCUCGGCCCCUGCCCCUGGCACUGCUGUUUACCG